UUCUUCUUACACAUUGAUUACGGUAAAAUCUUAUCUACAGUCACAAUCCAAAUGGAAGAAAAUUGCUCUUCUGCAUUUCAUUCGAUUAUCGGAAUUCAAACUCUAUUAGCGAACUUUGGAUCUGUUGAGGCCCCAAGCUACAUUAUUCAGCAUAUCAUUCUUUUGUUCAAUUAUUGCUGAAUAAGAUUUGUGAUAUAUGUCAUAUUUGGUUUAGGUUACAAUCACUUGAAAGGAGCUUGAGUUAAGAAAACAUCUAGCAAAACUUGAAGAUGAAAGAGAUCCAUACGGUUGUUAUGUUCGUCAAGUGAAACAUGCAAUGCCAACAAAUAUUGAUGCGGAAACUAUGGAAGAAUUGUUUAAAUAUGCUGUUUUAAAAUAUGGGGAUAAAAACUGUUAUGGAAUACGAGAGGUUUUAGGAGAAGAAGAAGUAGAAAUAAAGCCAGGAAAAUUUUUAAAAAAACUAAAUCUCGGAGAAUAUAAGUGGCUUUCUUUUAAAGAAGUAAAUGAAAGAGUUGAGCAUGUUGCCAAAGGAUUGCUCUCAAUUGGUGUAACAUCAAAAAAACCCAUUGUUAUUCUAGCUGAAACGAGACUGGAAUGGCUUUUAACCGCACAAGCUUGUUUCCGAAUUAAUGUUCCAGUUGUGACGUUAUAUGCAACUUUAGGAGAAGAAGGUAUUGUUCAUGGCAUGCGAGAAACUGAAGUCUCUCAUAUCAUUACUUCAUCAGAUUUGUUGCCAAAAUUAAAAAAUGUUCUACCUCGAGUUCCAAAUGUUACUCAUUUAGUUUAUAUGGAAAGUUCGACAAAAAAGUCUACUGAAGGUAUACCAAAACAUGUAAAUUCACUGCCGUUUUCACAGCUUGAAAGUAAAGGGAAAGAAUCUAAAGACUCUUCUGAAGCAAGUUUUUCUCCACCUAAAUCUGAGGAUAUGGCGAUUCUUAUGUACACAAGUGGAUCAACUGGUAUUCCAAAAGGUGUAAUGAUUACUCAUAAGAAUAUUUUAACAACUGUAAAAGGAUUUGCUGAACUCAUGAAUAGUCCAUCUUUGCAACUGAAACCCAGUGAUACAUAUAUUGCUUAUUUACCUGUCGCACAUGUCCUAGAGCUUGCAGCAGAAUGCUAUUUGAGUACAUUAGGAGUGGCGAUUGGAUUUUCAUCAGCUCAGACUUUAACAGAUUUUAGCACUGCUGUAAAAAAGGGACAAAAAGGAGAUAUUUCAAUACUUAAGCCAACUUUGUUUCUUACUGUGCCACUAAUUCUAGAUCGUAUUCGAAAAAGCAUUAUUCAACUAGCAGGCAAAGAUGAUACCUUUAAGAGACUGAUGUUUGACUUCGCCGUUGAAUAUAAAAAUUUUUGGGAUGCUAAGGGGUUUCAAACCCCUCGAUUAAAUAGAAAUUUGCUACAGACUUAUAAAGACUUCAUGGGCGGAAACCUACGAAUAAUGUGUUGCGGCAGUGCACCUCUUUCACCAGAUACUCAAAGAUUUAUUCGAUCUGUUUUGAAUGUUAAUGUCAUUCAAGGGUAUGGAUUGACAGAAUCAGUAGCAUCUGCUACUGGAAUGGACUGUGAGGAUUAUAGUGUUGGAAGAGUUGGUGCACCUUUAUCGACUUGUAGAUUACGUCUUGUGGAUUGGAAAGAAGGAAACUAUCACGUUCUGGAUAAACCUAAUCCACGAGGUGAGGUCAUAAUAGGAGGGGAUGCAUUGACUUUAGGUUACUUUAAAAAUUCUAAACAAACAAUGGAUUCCUAUAAAAUUGAAGGAGGUGAACGCUGGUUCUACACUGGGGAUAUUGGUGAAGUUUUUCCUGAUGGAACACUAAAAAUUAUUGAUAGAAAGAAAGAUCUAGUAAAGUUGCAAUUCGGCGAGUAUGUAGCUUUGGGGAAGAUAGAGGCCGAGCUCAAAACUUGUCCACUAAUUGAAAAUAUUUGUGUAUAUGGAAAUAGCUUUCAUACAUACAUUAUUGCUCUUGUUAUUCCUUCUCAACUCGAGUUAAAACGCUUAGCACAAGAACUAGGAAAAGAGGAUUUAACUUUUAAGGAGAUGUGCGCGGACGAAGAGAUUACAAAUUUAGCAUCUGAAAGAAUCCGAGAAUACGGCAAGCAAUGUCGCUUGUUUGGAUCUGAAUUACCAAAUAAAAUAAGACUUUGCCACGAAGAAUGGAGCCCUGAGUCUGGCCUAGUCACAGCUGCUUUUAAGCUACGAAGAAAAGAUAUAGAAAACCAUUAUAAAUCGGUGAUAGAUAGUAUGUACUCAAAGAGCAAUGACAAAGGAACUAGCUCAACAUGAUCUACGUCAACUUGUAAGAUUGCAGAAUUUUGACGCCAUCUAUUGCUUCAUUAUGAUCAAACUCAAUGGAAACACAUCAAUAUUUUUCAAGAGCAUUUACAAGUUAAAUUUGCUUAUUUUUCACGAAAAGUUUUUAAACAGACUGACUAUAAACAUUGCCUUUAAAUUUUUAAUAUCAUUUUACAUUAUUCGUACGUCUCAGUUAUGUAGAACUACAUGUUAAAAACAAAAAAUAUUGCCAUGGAUUUUUCUAUCAGUUUUAAGAGUUAAAAUAAAUGUUUCUUAGUUUUACGCUCUGCACUAAAUUUUAAUAUUCAUUCUUAAAUAUUUAUGUUAUAAUCCUAAAAGGUAAGUAUUAACAAGAUGGCACGACUUCUAUAUUUAUUUCCAGGAGACAGCAUUAAGGAUCGUGUUUUGAAAAUACUCUGCCUAAAGUUUUUUUUUUACUAUGACAAAAGUUGAAAAAAUGUGUUUUUUAAUAAGCCUUUAAAGACAUAAAAGCAAUCGUUUUAAAUUCUUGAUUUAUAUUUUAUUGCAAUAAAUUUUUAUAUUCAUGUAGUUUCAA